CCCAAAAACCUCAACCCCUCACCUACUCUCUCUACUUCCAUCUCCAGCCUCUUCUCUCUCUGGAAUCUGAGACGGUCUAGCUCCGAUUGCAAUUCGUCAAAGUCCGAUCACCAUUACAAUUUACGACAGAGAAACUAAUCGCGUCGGAGAAUGACGUCACUCCACCCCUCCGAGAUGGACACCGACUCCGUCACCUCCACUCCGCGAUCCGACCACCCCUCAAACGAUCAGACACGUGUACGUUUCAUGUGCAGCUUCGGCGGGAAGAUCCUCCCGCGGCCCCACGAUAACCAGCUCCGUUACGUCGGCGGCGACACCAGAAUUGUCGCCGUGCAACGCGCCACCACUUACGGCUCCCUCCUCUCCAAGCUCUCCAAACUCUCAGGACUGAGUAACGUGACCGUCAAGUACCAGCUUCCGAACGAGGAACUGGAUGCUCUGAUCUCCGUCACGACGGACGAGGACGUCGACAACAUGAUGGACGAGUACGACCGCAUCACACAGAAUCAAAACCCGAAAGCGGCUCGGCUCCGCCUCUUUCUCUUCCCCAAAGGCGACGACGACUCGGCUUCCCGAACCUCCAGCAUCAGCUCGCUCCUCGACGGCUCGGCUAAGCGCGAGCACUGGUUCCUCGACGCGCUCAACAGCGGCGCGUCGAACGCUUCGCUCCUCGAGCGCGGCCGUUCUGAAGCCUCCUCGAUUCUCUCCGAAGUGCCGGACUAUCUGUUCGGGUUGGACAACUCCGACGACACUCACAACCGGGAGUUCAGAGCGAAGACCCGACCCGGGGUUUUACAGGACAACGUAUCGGCUUCGGAUCCCGGUUCUCCCGCUCCGGUUAUCUCGUCGCCGUUUUGCUCCACGUCGUCUAAUCCCUCCGUGCCGUCGCUGCCGAAUCUCCCGCCGGUGAAGACCAAGCCGGAUUCGAAGCCGGAGACGAGAGAGAAUCAGUCGGAGGGUUUUGCAGAGACGACGGCGGAGUUGCCCGUUUCGCAAGCAACAGGGUUUUCGGGUAAUGCCGGGUUGCAUUAUAUCCAGGACCCGAAUUAUCCGGGUCAUGUUGUGCGCUCAGUACCGGUUUAUUAUUACCCGGCUCCGGUUCAACCGGCAAACGUACCGGUCCAGCAGGUUCAAAUACGGACUCCGUAUAUGCCUCAGCAAUACCAGGCUCUACCGGGUCAGAUACCGGUCGGGUAUCAUAAUCAGAUGCCGGGUAUGGGCCAGGUUUAUGGUGGAGGGUUAAGGCCCGUUGCGGGAAUGGACCAGUAUGACGUGUCGGGUAGGGUUGUUUCUGAUGGAGUGAACCAGCAGGUGUACUAUGGGGUGAGGAAUGGUGGUGUGGUUCCGGGAUAUAAUCCGGCAAGGGUGGUGCAAUCGGGGGAAGAAUGGCAAGGAAAUGGAUCCGAUAUCAAUGCGGGUCGCGCCCCGAAUGGAUCUUGACGAUGGAGGUAGUUUUGGCUUCAUGGAUACUUCUAUGGUUCUUUGUGUGUGAUUUGUGAUUGAUGGGGUUCAUGUUGAGUAAGGAUUAAGAAAUGUAAGUAACUAGUUUUGGGGUUUUCUUAAAUCUCAAUCAACAUUACUUGUGUUGGAACUGUGAAGGUUUUGUUUCAAUGUAAAAUUGGAAAAAAAAAAAAAAAAAGACUAGUAAAUUGAAAGCUUGCUUUCGAAGAGUUUCAUUUCUUUUAAUCUCAAAAUGAGAGGUUUGUUUGUAUUCAGCUCAAGAAAUUAAGCUUUCUUAAUGA